CAUUGACAGCUCUGUUGACAGUAUUGUUUUGGCAGUUUUUUGAUUGACUGUCAGUGAGGUCUGAUUAUCUGGGAUUAUUCGUUAUGGAUUUAUUACUUGGAGUACGUUUAACUCCUCAGAGUUUUAGUACAAUUAAACUUAAGGGAGUUAAUUCGAAAUCUAAAGUAGAACAACUCAAACUGGAUACUGCUGAACGUAUUAACCUGCCUAAAGAUACUCUUGAGCUUGUUUACUGUGGUUGCAUUUUGGAAGAUGAUGUUACACUGGAAUCUGCUGGUCUAAAGGAUGGUGCCACUGUGCAUGUACUUAAAAAAAAGGAUCCAGAAAUUCCAGUUCCUGCCAAAUCCAUAUCCGAGAGCAAUAUUGUACAGCUGGCAACAGCGUUUCGAUCAUUUAAUGAAAAUCCUGCUCAUCGUGGUGCAUUGCAUCGUUUGAGUAAACGUCCUGAGGUAAUUGAAAAUAUUAUUUCCUCGUGUCGGGGACUGAGCGAAGACUCUGUAGCUAUUGCUGUACUUCAAGAUCCAGACCUGAUGGCUCAUUUCACAGACUCAGGCACAGUACGCAGAAUUGCAGAACUACAUCCAGUCCUUGUUGAGGCUGCUCGACAUCUAGCUAGUGCAGUACAUGAGGAAGUACAUAACAAUGCAGUAUCAGGUAACAAUGCAUUAACAUCAAGUACCCAACACACUGCAUACUCGUACAGCCUGGAUAAUUUGAGCGAUGACGAAGAAAUGGCCGGUGAUUCAUCUCAGUCAUCAGAUUCUGCUCAAACCUCGAACCUGAUCAGAGCAAAUCGUUCAAACUCAGGAAUCACAACGGCGCAGCUUGCUGCAGCACUCUCAAGAGCUGGUGCUCGUGCAUUUCCCAUUUCCGGUUCUUCCUCAUCAACAUCCGCUGCCAGUUCCAACUCCGCCCUCAUAACCACAGAAAUGUUUACCCAAGCAAUGCAACAGGCCUUCGCAUCCGCACAAGUGGCGGCAACACCGUCACCGGCCACAACUAGUCCUCCGUUGGCGUCUACCAUGACACAGGAAUUACCGCCAGUACUGCCACCACUUUUACUGCAACAUGCUGACCUUCAGCGACAGCUUAGUCAGAUGCACGAGAUCGGCCUCCACGAUGAUGCUGUUAACGUUCAAGCAUUACAAUUUACAAACGGAGACGUGCAAGCUGCAAUCGAUUUAGUUUUUACUGGAUUCAGCGACAGCUGAUUUGUUUUCGUUAUCCUUAAUCAUAAAAUAACAAGGAGAGCAGGAAAGGAAUGAUAUUAAAAAGGAAGAAAAGAGUGGAAUCAAUAAAAAUCUAUUUCCAUCUAG